AGAUGAGCUUCUUCGGCUUCGGGCAGAGCGUGGAGGUGGACAUCCUGCUGAACGAUGCGGAGAGUCGCAAGCGCGCCGAGCACAAGACGGAGGAUGGGAAGAAGGAGAAAUAUUUCCUCUUCUACGACGGCGAGACCGUCUCCGGCAAGGUGAGCCUCGCGCUCAAGAACCCCAACAAGCGGCUGGAGCACCAGGGCAUCAAGAUCGAGUUCAUCGGGCAGAUCGAACUCUACUACGACCGCGGGAACCACCAUGAGUUUGUGUCCCUGGUGAAGGACCUGGCUCGGCCCGGAGAAAUCACGCAGUCACAGGCCUUUGACUUUGAGUUCACCCAUGUGGAGAAGCCGUAUGAGUCAUAUACAGGGCAGAAUGUGAAGCUGCGCUAUUUCCUUCGAGCCACCAUUAGCCGCCGCCUCAACGAUGUUGUCAAAGAGAUGGACAUCGUGGUUCACACGCUCAGCACAUACCCGGAGCUGAACUCAUCCAUCAAGAUGGAGGUUGGCAUCGAGGACUGCCUGCACAUUGAGUUUGAGUAUAAUAAAUCCAAAUACCACUUGAAAGAUGUCAUCGUAGGGAAGAUAUACUUCCUGCUGGUGAGAAUCAAAAUCAAGCACAUGGAGAUAGACAUCAUCAAGCGGGAGACAACAGGCACCGGCCCCAACGUGUACCACGAGAAUGACACGAUAGCCAAGUAUGAGAUAAUGGACGGGGCGCCGGUGCGAGGAGAGUCCAUCCCGAUCCGGCUCUUCCUAGCAGGGUACGAGCUCACGCCCACCAUGCGGGACAUCAACAAGAAGUUCUCUGUGCGCUAUUACCUCAACCUGGUGCUGAUAGACGAGGAGGAACGGCGCUACUUCAAGCAGCAGGAAGUGGUGUUGUGGCGGAAGGGUGACAUCGUUCGCAAGAGCAUGUCCCACCAGGCAGCCAUUGCCUCACAGCGCUUCGAGGGCACAACCUCCCUAGGUGAGGUGCGGACCCCAGGCCAGCUGUCCGACAACAACAGCAGACAGUAGGCCCCCAGGGCCAGAAGCUGCUGGGCUCCACCCCAGCACCCCCAUCUACUAAACACCAGCGGCUGGGGGAGGGGGAGGACGGUGUGAGACUCAGCUGACUGCUACUUGCAACCCGAAAACAAAUCAUGUUUUUGACUUCAUUCUUUCCUCUGGAGAACCCAAGGGGCACGGGUGGGGAAGCAGCCUCCUUGGGAUUCCGUGGCUGACUAGGGAUUGGGAGACGCAGCGUCCAGGAAGCUGGUCUCCAGGGAGUAAGCCUUCUGCUGAAGUCCUUGUGGGGCUGCCUCGCGUCUUAAAGGCAGGCAGAGUGUGCGUCCAUGUCUCCUGGUUUUCGGAGCUUCCUGAUUCAGGGUCUGGGCUGUCCCUGGGGUUCUGAGCCGCCAGUGGGGCCCUAGGUGGUCACGUCUUACACUCCCCUCUGCUGUCCCUGAGGCGGUGGCAGAAGGAGGUGGACUUCCCCAUCCUGACUGGUGGAGGGGGAAGCCUCAAGAUCAGAAAGCUACCUCUUUGGGAGUCUUGUACGUGGUGCUUUGAAGUCUCCACAAGCCACCGUCCUGCUGGCCUCCCUCUGCCGGGACCCAGGCACCUGCCUUCUCCAUCUUCUCUGGAUUGUCAGUAGCAUCCUGAGACAGAAGCCAGGAGACAGGCCUGGGGCUGACCAUUCUUCACCCCUAAGAAAUGCCUGGGCACAGAGGCCCUGGGGCAGCUGUCGCACACCAGUGACAGCAGCGUGAAGCCCAGGUCAGGCCAGGCCCCCUGAGGAAGACGGGGUCUGUGCAUGGCGCCUGACGCCUUCACUGUGUGGCCAUGCCACUUGGUAACACCGCAGUCUGGGUGGUUCUGCAGUACUUGCUUGUUGUGCCCCGACCAGCCCUAAACAAAGAGAGGCUGUUCCUUUAAGAAGAGAUCCUGGGAAGGGGCUCUGACCCUAAGAGCAGACCCUUGUCACUCCUUGCCCUCCAUUUAAUUUCCAGAACUGGGCUUGACUUAAACACUUGGAGAGAUUUUUGUUUUUAAUCCCACCUCGAGUCCCUUCACCCAACCUACAAGUUAAGGGAGGGAGAAGGGGGCCUCAGCUGACAACUCUGCUCCCCCAGCUCCUGAAUAAUUUUGCUUGCCAAGUUAUGUCUUCAUCUUCCCCAGCUGACUGACCCAAGUCCAGGACCAUUGGUAGUUUUCUUUUGAAAACACAUAAAACACACACUCUGGUGUAUAUUCUUAUUACGCUAGACAAGUGGGCAGUUUUUCCUCUGUUGCUCUGUGCUUGGGCCUAGAGCCCUAAAGGGGUUCACAGUCCUUUUCUGCAUCACCUCGGAAUCACCAGGCAUCACCUGCCAGUGGCCUCCCUUCUCUUUAGGGAAAGGCUGAGACCCCAGUGAGUCUAAUAUUUGGCAGCCUAAGUUUGCAGUAAUUUGGAAAGUAGAGAGGUUGGUUCCCUUGUCAUCUUUCUGUUAGUGUGGAACCUAAGGACUCCCCUUUUCCUCAGGAAUCAACACAGAGUAGGGCUCGUGGAUCAGAGCUGAGAGUUGGGGGAGGGCCUUCGGGGUGAUACAUGAGGCUGGGGGCAACAGAACAAGGAAGAUAAGCAUGUUCAGGUGCGACACACAAUCCCCAGGGAACAGGACCACCUGUCCUGCUGCCCUUGGAUGACCAAGGCUGGGGCUCACGUGUAUGAGGGAGGCAGUUUCUGUGUUCCCCGGCAUUUUCAGAACGUGAGACACGGCUUGGGAGGCCCCCUCUCAAUAGCUGGUAUUCUUCAUUAGAAAGCACUUGUCCAUUCCUCUGCCUCCCGACUGACAACACAAGGUCCUCUUCCAGCUUCCCUAACAUUUCAACCUUUCUCCUGCAAGAACUAGAAUAUAGAAUUUGCUUUCUCUUGGGAGCUGUGUACAAGCCAGCCAGGCCUUCUGUCUUCUUGUACUCCACCCCCACUCUCUACUUCUCUGUCCAACUGUGAAAGUGAGGGGAGCCUCCUGCUCCCCCUCCUUUAAGGUCCCCAUUCCUAGGAGGGCAUAGGUACUAAACCAAGCAGUGCAACUUGUAAUUAAGCAGCUGCAGUGUUUACAUGUUUCUUAAUGUGUUGUCUUUUCAAUGGCUGUAUUUAAAAGAAGAACACUUGUUUUAAUGGUCUAAUUAAAGGAAGCCCCUGUGGCUUUGGAGGCAUUGUGCCCAUGGUCCA